CAUCAUCAUCGAUCAUCUUGAAGACUUGAACGCAACCCAACCCAACCUAGUCUUGCAGAGCUAAAAAAUAGAUCGAUAUGCUCGUCAGGGAUCAUGAGAGAUCUCGGGGCGCUAAACCUUUCGGACUGUAUAGCUAGCUAAUAGCUCAGCUCAGCUAACUCUAGGCCGAGAGAGACUCGUCGCUCUUAUCCCUCGAUCGUAAUGUUAGGUGGGUCGCCAAUUGGGUCGCGCUGUGCGUGCGUGCGUUCGAAAAUACUUCUUCUUCUCCUUUCCGUGCGUCUCUCUCGCGGUCUUAUGCUAGUGCUCCAUCUCCAUGAUUGAUUAGCUAGCUCCUUUAGGGGCAGGCAGGAGCCGAUCGAUCUCGAUCCGCAGGCCGCAGGCCGCAGCCCCGCGGCUAUUUAGCACCGAGGAAAGAUACUGCUGCAAAGUGCGCAGCUCGUGCUCGACCCAAGUCGAGAGAGGCGUCAACAUCGUGCUUGAUCGAUGGGGAUAUCGUCACCGUCCACGGCGGCCGGCCGCGUGCUGCUGAUCCUGCUCCUUCUCCACCUCGCCUUCGCCUCCUCCUCCCACGCGGCUCGCUUCACCAGGAGGUACUACGGGACGGCGGCCGCGGUGGAGGCUCCGGGGUUUCGUGGUCAUGGCGUUGCUGAUUUACUGGAGGAGAACGGGAGGAGAAGCGAUGCGGUCGUGGAGGAGAUGUUUGGGAGGAUGGCUCUGCAGACGACCGACUACCCUGGCUCAGGCCCAAACGACCGCCACACACCCAAGGCACCCGGGACAUGAUCCAGCAGUACCAAGUCCAGAGCUCGUUGAGCCGUGAUAUAUUAUUGUACAGAGAAAUUAAAUUAGCUCGCCGAUCAGUUAGUACUAGAACGCAGCAAAACGGUGACACUACUGAACAGUGAAGAUUAAAACUCUUGAAGACUUCAAGUGUAAAUUCAAGAUCUCUGUAAGAUAGUUAAACAUGCUACUCCAGCUAGCUGGGUCCACAAAGGGUGUCAUAUCUUGCUACUUACUGGUUUGUACUAUAGUGUUCUUCUAGAUACGACAUAAAUAUAGACAAUGAUUUACUGGUGGUGUUCAGA